AUGGGUCCCGGCGAAGGCCUCGCGUCCCCUCGCCCGGCGUGCGGCCACUGCGGGGCAGGCGGCAGCGGCCAAGGGCAGCGGCCCCGCAGCGGAGAGGGACGCGCCACACCAGGCGGCCGCCGCUCCCGCUGCGCGAAGGGCGGCAGGGGCACCCCGGGCAGCGGCGGGAGCACCCCGGGCAGCGGCGGGAGCACCCCGAGCAGCGGCGGGAGCACCCCGGGCAGCGGCGGGAGCACCCCGGGCAGCGGCAGGGGCACCCCGGGCAGCGGCAGGGGCGCCCCCGGGCAGCGGCAGGAGCACCCCGAGCAGCGGCGGGAGCACCCCGGGCAGCGGCGGGAGCACCCCGGGCAGCGGCGGGAGCACCCCGGGCAGCAGCCCGCGCUGUCCCCGGUAGCGGCGCGGGUCGCACGGCGGCCCAAGGCCGCGCCGCGGCUGCCGCCGGGCCCGGGCCGCGGCCGGCGAGCGGCAGGGGGCGCCCCGCAGCCCCGCUCCCCCCGCCGCGCGGACCCCGGGGGAGGGGAGUGCUCCGCCGGGCUCCGCCGCUCCCCCGCUCCGAGCCGCCCUCGGCACCCCCUCCCCCGGCCGGGCCUCACCCGCUGCUGUCGCUACGGACGCCCUCCGCGGCUCCCUGCGGGAUCUGGCGGCGAAGAGGUGAAGGACGGCGGGGCUCGGCGCGGCCGCGGCACGGGCCCCACUCCGGCCGCUCCCGCCGCAUGGAGGGGGAAGGGCUGGCCGGAGCAAGGGGAGAUGAGGGGGCGUGGAGGAGCAGAGCCAGGACGGGACGGGAUGGGGAGGGACGGGGGAAGUGCGGGCGCGGAGUUCAGCGCCGACGGGAGCGCGGGGGCCGCUGCCGCCGCCUCAUCGCCGCCCGCGCCGCACCGGGCCCGCGCCGCCGCCGCCCGGCCGCCGUCGCCCGGCAACGCGCGCGCCCCCGCUGCCGCAGGCGCGCAGCUCCGCGCGGCGCCCCGCGCGCUCCCGACGCCGGCGCACGCGCAGCCUCGCACGCGGCGGCGCGCGCCGGCCUUCCCUCCUCCUCCUGACGUUCUGCAGGUCACGGGGCUGGAGGAUGAAAUAAAGGACAUGACCAAAUGCAGGGAUAUUCAGGCAUACCUUUGGGAUGAGCCAAGAUUAACAUAUGUGGGCACUUAA